AUGGCCGCCGAGCAGGUCGCCAAGCCGGCCACCCUCCCGCCCUAUCCCGAGAUGAUACUGGCGGCCAUCGCGGCGCUCAACGACAAGAACGGGUCGAACAAGUCCGCCAUCUCCAAGUACAUCGAGGGCAAGUACGGCGACCUCCCCAAGGAGCACGGCGCGCUGCUGACGGCGCAUCUGGUGCGCAUGAAGGAGUCCGGCCAGCUCUUCUUCCUCAAGAACAACUACUUCCGCACGGACGCGCCGGACGCCCCGCCCAAGCGGGGCCGCGGCCGCCCGCGCAAGCCCAUAGACCCCAACGCGCCGCCGCCGCCGCCCAAGUCCGCGUCGCCGCGCCCCCGCGGACGCCCCGCCAAGCCCAAGGACCCCGAGGCCGAGGCCGCCAACCCGCCCAAGAAGGCCAAGACCGUCAACCCGCCCAAGAAGGCCAAGACCGCUCCCGCCCCUGCCGUCGACGGAUCCGCCAAGCGCGGCCGCGGCCGUCCGCCCAAGGCGCGCCCCGCCGAGCCGGCGGCGGCCUGA